UCACGUGCGCCCAUAUUGAUCAUGUCAGGAGAGCUGCUGCUUCAUCACUUUCCUUCGUCUCAAAUUCUCGAACAUGACAUGCACAAUGGACUUGGAAAUUUCCGAAAAAAUUAAAGCCUAUCGGCAAGUGAUGUCGGCGAAAUCACCGUCGGACGCUGCUUUGACAUGGAACCUAUUCGAUCUCCCGAACAACAUGGAACUAGCCCGCUUCUUUUCCACCUUGUCAAAAGAAGAAAUGGCAAAAUUCGAGCAGUGUGUGUUUGUGGAUGGACAGGACCCCAAAACUUAUAUAAAAAUGCACAAAAUGGUUGAAUCCACCGCAACAAUUGCCUUGAGCGAGGAAAUCGAAAAUAAGAGGACAAUUUUGGUAGCUGAGCCAAAUCGCGGCGGGGUUUCAGGUCAUGAGGGGGAGAUGGCAUCGACUUCAAGUGGAUUCCGAGACGGCUACCACCCAUGCAUGGAUCACACCAGUUACGCUGAGGGUCUGUUCACCGAGUCCGAAAAAGCGUGGGAACUGGAAAGGCUGUUGAAGCUUCAAAAAGAGAUUGCAGAGGCGAAGAGCAAAAUUGUCAAGCAGAAGAAACCCUCUAUUAAAAGUGCAUAGUAUGUAGUCAAAAGUUUCAAGUACCCGCAUCUCAUUCUUUUUCAUAUCUUCCCAACAAAAUAUCAUCCCCCAAUCAUCCCCCAUCUCACCUGGUACAACGCAAUAUGUCCACAAUUCCGAACUCUCAGCCUCUCGCAAAUAUCCAGUGCUUGAAUUGUAUUUGAAGGGUGCAGAAUGCUACCGUACUCACACAUAAGGAUAUAGGCAAAUGGUCGCUGAGCCACUCCGUUUUUGUGACUGUAAAUUUUUUUUUUAAAUUUUUUAUUUGUUGGAAAUUUUACAAUGUGAUAUAUCAUACGAAUAAAUACUUGUAUUUUUUUU